AUGUAUUUUCCUUAUUUCAUCGGAAUUCAAUGCCAUGUUAUUCUUUCGCCAUACUUGGCUCCUGAUUUAUCGUUUUUGCUUUUAAAAGUGACAUUUAUGGAAAUCAGGCGUCUACAUAAACUUGGCACAGUUUGUGUACGACAUCGGCCAAUCGUUUUUCAGAACACCAGAAACGUGCCAAUUUCUUUGGAGUUUGACCUGCUUUCACAAAAUAUUUUUAAGAGUAUUGUACAUUAUUGUGAGUUCCAAAAAGGAAUAGAACCUGAUUUAGCCACAGUGUGUGGCAAUUCCAACGUACGAAUGAAUAGACUUCUUCCUUGGAUGGAAACGCAACUAUGA